UCAUCUAAGUAAUGUUGUAUCUCGUAGCGCUCUGUCGAUUCGCUUGCAAACAUUUUACUUAUUCACUUUGACUUUAUUGCAACCAAAGACCAUGGGUAAACGGUCUGGCAAGAACAGGAGGUUGUUGCAUAACCUUGAAGUAGCCCCAGUCAUAGAAAAAACGGCGGUAAUACUCUCGUAAGAAAUGAGAGGGGGACCUCCACAACAUGGGAUCACCUUGACGUGGUGUGGAGGCUUCGUGUUCUCAUACUAUUACAACGUAACCAUGUUGAGGAUCGUAAGUCUGGCAGUGGCUCUGGCCGUGUGUGUGGCACGACCCAACCAAUGGGACGACCAGCUAGGGCUUUUUUCCCUGCUGAAGGCGGGGACUCUCAGCCCAUUUUGCCUCGCGCCGUCGCCAACCCAACCACGCCCAACCAGAUACUCGACGCAGUGCUCGAAGGAGCUAUCGCAUACAUGGAAACACUAGGAUGGUGUGAUUCCAAGAACGUGCAGAACGGAGAGUCAAACCUGCCCUUCCAAGUUAACUCUGACGGAAGCAGCUCCGAGAAUUUUCAUGUGCUCACCGGUUCGGUUGUGGUGGAAAACGCUCGUGCCAACGCCGACUACACGGUAACUUUUGCCGGUGUUGGAGAAGCUCCAGCACAGAACUGUUUCUGCAAUUUGGACAGCAAUAAUAUAAAGGAUGUUCACAGUGCCGGCUUCAGGAAGGCUUUGCGAGAGAUCGUGGAGAAAACCAUGUCUUCCAACGUGAAGGUACAGAUUAACAAGUCCAUCCAGGAUAUGAAGAAUGCUUGAUCUUCCAACAUGAUGAAAUCGUUGUCAGUGUACAGAGAGACAUAAAAACUAGCAAAACUU